AUGCAGAUCCCGCAUGGUCGAUUUUUCCUCGAGAUCUUCGCUGGCCAAGCAGGGCUCUCGCAGGCAAUCAGUGCUCGUGGCAUGCAGAUUUUGCCCCCCAUUGAGAUCGAGACGGGCCAAUUUGUCCGGCAGUCGGUCGAUGUGUUGGACCCCAAGGUUCAAGCUCACCUGCAGCUGUUGAUUGAAGCCAAGAUCAUUUUCUAUAUUCAUUUUGGCACACCUUGCUCCAGCUUCAGUGUGGCUCGCAAGAACGAUGGGGGCCCUCCACCGCUGCGCGAUCGGCAUCAUCUUUGGGGCUUACCAGGGCUGCGUCCCCAAGAUCAGAAGAAGGUCACAAUGGGGACAGAGUUCAUGUUUUUCACUCAAAGAAUGGCAAGACUGUGCAGUCAAUUUGAGGUUGCGUGGUCGCUCGAGAAUCCAGCUUCUUCUUUUAUUUGGGUCAUGCCCCCGAUUUUAGAGCUGGCUCAAGCGCCUCAGGUCAAGACCAUCACGUUGGACAUGUGCAGAUUCGGCUCUUCUCACAAGAAGCCGACAUCAAUCAUGGCAUUUUUUUCUUUACAAGGGCUUGAAAAACGCUGCAAUAUGGUUGAUCAGCCUCACCAGCAUGAACCGCUCGUGGGCACGGUCGUCAUCAACGGCACGAAGGUCUUUCGCACAAAGCUUGCUCAAGUUUAUCCCGACGGGCUCUGUGCUGAAUGGGCCGCUCUGGCUGCAAAGGUGACGCCCAAAGAUCCCUUGGCUGCCACCUUCGCUAUGACUACGCCGGCUUCUGAGAGAAAGCGGCCGGUCGGUCAGCCAGUUCCAUGGAAACCCCAUAAGCAACGGAUCACGGCGGAGAAGGCCACAGCUGCGGGCUAUCAGCUCAAGCGCUCUGCACUCCCGCCGCUGCUGGACGUCGAAAUGGAACCUGGCCAAGCAGUCGAGGUCGCACUCAGCGUGGCUCACCCUUUUACGCUGGAUCCAGCGCUUGACCCAGAUCUCCAAGAAGCUUUGGCUAUGGUCGUGCGCCAGCCACAGUUUGUUUUAGGUCAUCGCGCUGGAGCUGUGCAGCAUUGGGAACAUCGCGCUCAUGCUCUCCUUCCUGCCAGCGACGCGAUCCUGCAGAAGAUCCCGGAUGCGUUCCUACGACGUCUCCUUCGCGGUCAACCUGAUGGGCAACCUCUGCAUUUAGGUUCCUGCACACACAUCGCAUUGUGGGCUGAGCUCCUUGCAGCCGCUCGAUGCGUAGAUGGCGAUCUUUUGCAGGAUCUAUCACAGGGUUUCCCUAUAGUGGGCCCCAUUCAGCGAUCUAUGCGAUGGGGGGUGUUACCUGUUCCAGAGGAUUCGCUACCGCUUGAAGAUCUACGCUCGCGGGCCUGGGAGUUCUCGCAGAAGGUCAUCAAGAACGUGAUGCGUCUGGGAGGCUACACGGCUACAUUGGAAGAUGUGAAAGAGGGGUCUACGAUCGGCCCCUUCUUCUCAAAGCAAGAUGUGUCUCAGUUCCUUGGCACCGAAGAGUGGAUCCCGACACAGCGCUUUGAGGUGGUCCAGAAGAACAAGGUCAGAGGAGUAGACAGCGCUACGAUCAAUGGCGUGAACGUCGCCACUGUGAUCACGGAGAAGCUCGAGCUGCCGUCAACAGAUGUGAACGUGGCGGCUCUACGUUGGUUGCGCUCGAAACUUCCGAAAGAAACUGACAUUCAAGGCUGGGUGCUCGAUGAGCGAAAAGCCUAUCGUCAGAUUCCGGUCAGACCUGACCAUAGGCGUUGGAGUGUGAUCACCAUGAAGGAUCCGAACGACGGCAAGAUCGCCUUCUUCGUGAUGAUAGGCCAUUCGUUCGGCUUGGUCUCUGCCGUUUACAACUACAAUCGUAGGUCGGCUGCCAUAACUGACAUUCUGCGCAGGGUCUUUUUCGUAGCUGCUUUCAACUUCUAUGACGACAAGUACGGGUUCGAACCAGCUACUACGUGCGCCUCUGCCUUUGAGGUGGCUCAAAAGGUGCACUGGUGGCUAGGAGCUCAAUUUGAUGAAAAGAAGCUGCAGCUAUGUCAGGACCCCACGAUCUUGGGCGUGACAUAUGACUUGGUCAACAUGGAGCUCAAGAUCAAGCAGGCCAGAAAGGUCGAACUGGUAGACGAGAUUUCCUCUAUUUUAUCUUCUCAAGUUUUUCCUCCUGGCCAAGCAGGGAAGCUGCGAGGCAAGCUGAUGUUCGGCUCGUCUCAGCUAUGGGGCAAGAUCGGCAGAGCGUUCCUUCGUGCGUUGUCCGAGCGACAGUACACGAGGGCGAACCACUCGCACUUGAGCAAAGCGAUCGUUUUGGCUCUCUGCAGCAGUGGAAACGGAAAGCCUGGUUCACCAUUGAAGCCUUGGACCGGCGGAGUGCUCUUCAAGAAGGGGGAAGCUCCACUCCAAUUUAGUUGCGAAGUUCAUCAGAAGCUGAUAGCGAAGUGGCUCCCUCGCAAGUCUCAAAUUGCCAUGGUGGAGCUCUUUGCCACUGUGGUGGCUCUCAAGACUUUUGGUCAUCGCAUCGCUGGCUCCUGGUCUUUGCUAUUGGUAGACUCCGGGAUUCAGUUGGAUCAGAUCCAGAUCCGGCUCUACAUUUGUGAUAAGGGGAUUCAGUUGGAUCAGAUCCAGAUCCGGCUCUACAUUUGUGAUAAGGCAGCCUUCGCUUUGCUGCUCUUCGUUGCGCUCGGGCGCUGGGCCUUCCGCAGAGGUAGAGACAGCGCUGAGAUCUUGGACGGUGGGCAGCUGCCAUUGAACACCAACGAUGGUCUGACCGAGGGCUUCCGACUGGUGGAUCGGGCCGAAUUGCAGGUGCGUGCAUCGCGAUCGCCACCGAUGGCGCAGAUUGAUGUGGAUUUGGUGGUGGACCCCAAGUCCGCUGAACCGGACGAGCUGAUCCUGGUGGCUCCACUGGGCUUCAAUUUCACGGCGAACUGCCUAGUGACCAGCGCCAACAGUCAGGUGCUCUCCUGCCGGCAGUCCGGCAACGUCGCUGGCCGUGCGUCUGCGCGUUUGCUGGUGAAACGCCUCACAGGUGUGAUGCAGCAAGUGGUGAUCAAAGUGACCACUCCAGCACAGAAUCCGCCCAGCACAAGCUGGUUCGUGAACGCCAAAGAUAGCGCCACGGGACUCCAGCUGGCGUGGGGCGAGGAUAUGUCUGGAGUGACCAUCAGACAAAUGUUGGGUGCCAGUGUGCUCUAUCCAGGGAUUCCAAGUAUCGCUGGACAAAUGGCCUUCAGUUUCAUUACCAAUGAGAAGAUCGAGUCCGGUGGAGCUAUUCGUGUGGGAUAUCCCACGGACAUCGAGAUCCUCUGCAACGGGCAGUACCUCAGUCAGGUGGCGAUCACCGGCGAGGUCACCUGUAUGAAUUACAUCGCUGAGGGCUAUUUCGAGCUGCGCUUGAACCGACCUCUUCCGCCUGGGCAAACGGCCUUCACCGUCACCAGUACGUGCCCUGCAGCAGUGAACGACAACUAUUUCUACAUUGUGGUGCUAACGGCUGCGGGACAGGUGUCCGAUGCUGCGAUGAGUAUCUCCGGUUUGAGAAUUCAGCACGGUUUACCUGUGUCGGCCAUGCCCUUGAUCUGGGGCAUGGCGGAGCCCAAUAGGAAUACUUUCGUCAGCACUGGCAUUGAGAUCCUGGGAGAGCUCCCUUUGAAGGAUCCACCAGUGAUGAGCGAAAUCAUCAUCGAGAUGCCGCCAGAUUUCUCGCAUCAGGUGCACAAGACGGCGCAACUGGAAACCCUUACUGAGCCACUGCCCAGACGCGAAGGCGGCUGGCUGGAUGUAACGGACCCAAGAAGGCUCAGACUAUUGAUGGAUGAAGACGCCAUCCAAAAACUAGCCAUCGGCGCCUACAGGUUCCAGUGGCCCAUCUUGGUCCCGGCCGUGAUGCCCAAAUACAACAUCUGGGAAGUGACGCUCUGUUCCCCAGCCCUGCGGAAUGAGUCCUGCACCGGCGCUGGCGAUCCACGGGCCUCGGUCACCUUUCCGCUGGCGGGCUUCAACAUGGGCGAGGCACAUCCAUCUUCGAUUGCCUUUUCGCAAACUGGUGCGGCCAUGCCGAUGUGCAGCCCUGUGCUGAGCCUUGGAUUUCUUGGAGUGCUUGGAUUCCUACUGACCAUGUAGCUGACGUCUGCUGAAGCCUGCCAAAUUAAGAAGAGCUUCUCUGACAUUUUGAAGGUAUUUGAAGGUUGAC